UCGAUGAAAUCCCGCCAAAAAACCUGAUAGAACAGAACAGAAUAGCUGAUAUAAUCUUCCUGUAUGGGAAGGAAAAGUAUGCUGAGCCUAUACAUCAUUUUUUUUUUACUUUGAGUGUUACACACUCAAAGUAAAUAUCAAAUAUAUUAAUAUUUGAUAUGGUUUCACGACUAUUAAAUAGUCGUUGAGUAUCUAAAUAGAAUGACUUUAUAAUUCUCAAUAUUAAUAUAUGUAUUAAAAUAUUUCAAAUUCAAAAGAAAAAAGAUUAUUACAAUUUAAGAUCACACUGUAUGUGCAUUUUGCUUUGCGUCCCAUGAAAAGGGAAAUGUAAAAAAAACUGUCAUUAGUAAUGACAAAUUUAGCUCUUUGAAGAGUUAUCAGCUGUAUGCCUAGUGAAGAGCUAUACAUUAAUAUAAAUAUAUAGCUCUUCUAACUCAGUGCAGUUCAUGCAGAUAGAAGGCUAUUGUUGAAGAUCAGACUCGCUCGAUUGACACUUUUGAGUUAUAUCAGAAUAGGUAGUCUAUGGUGUCAAUUCUGGCGUGCAUCUCUAAACUUUUUUUAACUUUAUAACUAUAGCAAAGUAGACGAAAUUUUAAUGUUCAAGUAUGUUGAGCUAGCGUCUCCGAUAGGCAGUGAUUGUAUGUAUCUCUUCCUGCCGUAUGUCUAUCAAGUCGGUCGAUUCCGAUGAAACACUGAGCUAAAUUAGAUAUACGUUGAGUUAAAAUAGGUGAGCUAGCUCUUUGUAACAACUCGCUCGCGAGCUACGCAUCGCUAACUAUCAUUGUGAACGACAUACACAGAUUAAAAAUUUGUUUGACGUUAAACAUAACCUACAUAAAUCGCAUCCCCUUAUUCUAAAAUAAAAAACUAAGACGUGUCUCUUACUUACAAUGCAAAUAUUUUAAAGAACAGUAAGUAACUGAAAUGAAAUAUGGCUCCAAAACAAGCCAAAAAGACUUUGUGGGUGGUUUGUGAACGUUGUGGCUGCACUAUAACCUCUAACGACAAAAACACGCAUACAGAGUUAAAUUGUGGAAAAGAUCAAUUAAAGUGUCCUUACGUAGAAGAUGGGAAGUUGUAUUCUUGGUUAGUGAGAGGUGCGGCAUCGCCGGACGGCGUGCCGAAGGAUGCUGUAUUGUUGCAUCCAUCUGCAGGCAUGUUGAUUGGUGCAGUCAUUGGAGGGGCUUUAGAGUUGAGCAGGGAUGGUGCACCAAAACUAGUGAAACGUAUGUGGCCGUCCAAGAAUUCGGCGUCUGCUGCUGUCAUGUUACCAGCAGCAGAUUUAUCUGGAGCUUGGUGCAGUGACAGUAAGAGAAUUACAGUAUCUGUAUUGCGAGGAGAAGUGCAAGAGGCGACAUUUUUAUCAGUCAAAAUCAAGAAUCAUACAAUAGAAAAUGAUAUCAGUGAUCUUUUAAGACAUAACUUUAGUAAUUACUUUGUUCGAGUCAGGAGUGUUUUAGUGUACUAUUACUUUGGUAAAAAACUUGAAAUAGAAGUGACAGAUGUGAAAUCUAUCACUGAACAUAGUAGUGAUCACUGGUAUGUUGUGAAUGAAAGCACUAUAUGGAGUUUGGAAAAAGAUAAUGUUAAAAAAGUAAAUAGGAAGCCCAUAAAUCUUGGUGGUGUUGAUGACAUCUUAGACGAAAUUAAAACUUUUAUACAGAUUUCAUUUGAUCUUGAAUUGGCUGCUAAUUUUCAACCAACAAGGGGGUUACUUUUAUACGGACAUUCUGGCAUUGGAAAAACUGCGAUGUGUAAAUAUCUGAUUGAAAAUCUUAAUUGUUACCAUGUUGAGAUCAAUGGUCCAGCAAUAUUUAGUAAAUAUUUUGGAGAAACUGAGUCAACAAUGAAGAAAAUAUUUUCUAGGGCAACCCAAAAUGAACCCAGUAUUGUCUUGGUUGAUGAAAUAGAAACAAUUUGUCCGAGAAGGUCGACCGGUAGCACGGAGCAGGAAAGAAGGGUAACGUCUGCAUUUGUUGCUCUACUUGAUAGCCUUCAUGAAGAAAAUAGCAGAGUAUUUAUUAUAGCUACAACAAGGAAACCAGAUGCUAUUGAUCCUAUGCUCAGGAGAUUUGGUAGACUGGACAAAGAGAUCGAGGUACCAGUUCCUGAUAGAAUUAGAAGAAAAGGGAUUUUAUACACUAUUCUUUCAAAUUUGUCUCAUAAAGUGACAUCCCAAGAGAUUGAUUCUAUAUCAGACUUGGCCCAUGGUUACGUAGCUGCUGAUUUAGUUAAUCUAUGUACACAAGCUUCAUUAAAAUGUAUAAAAAGGUCAAGUAAAGCUAUACAGCAUGAAGACUUAGUCGCAGCCCUCACUAUAGUGAGACCUAGUGCAAUGAGGGAGUUGCUGAUAGAGGUACCUAACGUGAGAUGGACAGAUAUUGGUGGUCAACACAACUUAAAAUUGAAGCUUCGUCAAGCAGUAGAGUGGCCGUUAAGACAUGCAGACAGUUUCAAACGGUUAGGCAUCAGACCUCCAAGUGGUGUUCUUCUGUAUGGUCCUCCCGGUUGCUCUAAAACUAUGAUUGCAAAAGCUUUAGCUACUGAAAGUGGUCUAAAUUUCUUGUCAAUAAAGGGACCAGAGUUGUUCUCCAAGUGGGUUGGUGAGUCAGAGAGAGCUGUUAGAGACUUGUUCAUGAAAGCUCGCCAAGUAGCUCCAUCAAUUAUCUUUUUUGAUGAAAUGGAUGCCAUUGGUGGCGAACGAAGUGCAGGAGAAGCAGGUGUUCAUGAAAGGGUUUUAGCACAGUUGUUGACAGAACUAGAUGGUGUAGUCCCUCUUAAUUCUGUAACAAUAUUGGCAGCGACAAACCGUCCGGAUAAAAUAGACAGGGCAUUACUGCGUCCUGGCCGGCUGGAUAGGUUGAUCUAUGUCCCAUUGCCUGAUUUUGAAACGAGACUGCAAAUUCUUGAAUUGAAACUGAAUAAGAUGAGCACUACUGAUGACAUCAAUCCUCAUAGUUUAUCUGCUAGGACCGAAGGAUUUUCUGGUGCAGAGCUACAGGCACUCUGUCAUGAAGCAGCAUUACAAGCCUUGGAGAAAGAUUUGGACUGCGCUGCAGUAACAAUGGAACAUUUUGAAUUAAUAUUGAAAGAUUUCAAACCGAGAACCCCACAGUCCUUGAUAAAGGUAUAUGAAAAUUUUGCUUUGGGCCAAAAAUCUGGAUAGCUGAUUUAUGAAUAAAUAUUUUUAUAUAGCUUUAUUUUAUACCCAAAUACAGAGCCAUGUUUAUUUCCCAGAGGGAAAUUAUUAAUAAUAUAUUUGUAAAUAACAAUACUUUAUUAUUUAUUUACAAAAAAAUAUGGAGUUAUUUUUAUUAGUUAAUAAGAAAACAGAAUGUGUGUAAAUAUAAUAAGAAAACAGUGCCUUACUUAUUUUUUUUUAUUAAUUCAUUAUGUAUGAAUCCUAAUAAUUACAUAUAAUACCUAUAUUGGAUGAAGUAUAAUUAUAAACCUAUUGAAUAAUAUAUUGAAUUGCCAUUUAUUUUGAAUGUUUGGUUUAAUAGAAAAGGAACAUAAGGGGUAGGGGGAGUACACAACAUAAGUUUCUAUAUAAAAAACAGUCCUACAUACAAACAGCUUACAAUAACAGACACUGUUAUACUACAAAAAUGCACUAUUAAUUUGUGACGAUAUAUGUAUAGUGCGAUUCAAAUAAGAAUAGGAAA